AUGAGUGCUACAAAGACGCAGUCUCAGAAAAUCUUUGAGAAGCUGAAGACGAAACCCGCAAACAAGAUAUGUUUUGAUUGCGGGUCGAAGAACCCGACAUGGUCGUCGGUUCCCUUUGGAAUAUACCUUUGCCUCGACUGUUCGUCGAACCACCGAAAUCUCGGCGUUCAUAUCUCAUUCGUCCGCUCAACCAAUCUUGACCAAUGGCAAUGGGAACAGCUACGCGUUAUGAAAGUGGGCGGAAAUGAGUCGGCGACUAAAUAUUUCCAGUCACAUGGCGGCACGGCGGCGCUAAACAGCAAGGACUCCAAGAUAAAGUACACAUCCAACGCGGCGGUGAAAUACAAAGAAGAAUUGAAGCGGCGAGCAGCCCAAGAUGCCAAAGAGUAUCCUGAGGAAGUAGUGAUUACGGAUGUGGCUGCAUCAGGUACUCCAGAAGGGUCCUCCACACCCGCUGGCGAGCCGGACGAUGAUUUUUUUUCCUCUUGGGACAAGCCCGCCAUCAAACGACCAAGCAACCCCCCUUCGCGUGUUGGCACACCUGCUUCGACUGGCGGCCGCAGCUCGCCCUUCCUCACUCCAGGGCCCAAUGGUAACGGCUCGCGACCCAAAUCUCCACUCUCCGGUGCAGAAAAGAGCAAUGUUGCUACACCUCCUGUUGCUGUCCGGACAGGUACAGCGGUCCGCAAGGGACCAACUGCCGGUGCAAAGAAGACCUCGGUUCUUGGAGCUAAAAAGGGACCUAAGCUAGGCGCAAAGAAAGUUGUGGGUGCAGACGCUAUUGAUUUUGACGAGGCAGAGAGAAAGGCAAAGGAAGAGGCGGAGAGAAUUGCAAAAUUAGGAUACGACCCGGAGUCUGAAAAGGCCGAAGAGGAGGCUGCGUUGAAGGGGAAGUCCGCUUCAUCGAUCGUUUCUCCAACCCCAGUAAGCCCCAGAUCUAGCUUUGGAGCCACACGAAGUCAUGAGAGAAGUGCAAGUGAAGUCGAGAGACUAGGCAUGGGUAUGGGCCGUCUUGGCUUUGGACAAGUUGGAAAACCCAAAGCUCCAGCUCCAAAGAAGCUUGGGUUUGGUGCUGUUGGACAUUCUACUUCAGCCGCUGACGAGGAACAACUAGAGCAAACUAUGUCCAAAUUCGGCAAACAGAAAGGCAUCUCAUCGGAUGAGUUCUUUGGCAGAGACCAAUAUGACCCUACAGCUCGGGCGGAGGCCAAGACUCGACUUACCAACUUCGAGGGCGCUACUUCGAUAUCAAGCAAUGCUUACUUUGGUCGUCCCGAAGAUGAACUUCCAGCCAACGACGAUUACGGCGACCUGGAAACAGCUGCCAAGGACUUUGUUCGAAAAUUCGGGAUUACCGCGGGCGAUGAUCUUGAGAAUUUAACCAACUUGGUUGGUGAUGGUGCUGUCAGACUUCAUGGCGCUAUCCGUCACUACCUCAACAGCUGA